GAACAUAUUUCAUUAAUGUGAUUAUUCAUUUUUACAUUUUCGGCAUAAAUUUGAAAUAGUUAAUGGACCAAAACAUACUCAAUUACAUCCAAUCAACUUAACCUUGAGUCUAACAUGUUACGAGAUGGUUGACAAACUAAUAGAAAACCAGUACCACAUUGUAAAUUGUUGUCGCUGCAUCAUCACACGGAGGAUUGAUAAACUAACAUAAACGAGUACUGAGUUGCAAAUUACUAUUGUCACAACAUCGCGCAAGUUCCCUACUAGCUCAAAAACAGUUUAACCACUAUAUCAGGCAGUUGAACCCGUGAACCGAUUUUUAAAACAUUGGUUAAAAGGAAGUCAGAAUACUACGAUGAAUGCAAGGCACGUGAGCAUGAUGGAGUUGUAUGUAUCACCAUAGCUGACGUGUCAUUUACCCACUUUCACUUCACCAGUCAACCACAAUAAAAACAAACACCCACACACACAUUUAAACCCCCUCACCAACACUCACAUUCUCAACUCACACUUCUUCCACCACCACCGAUGACCACCGUAUCUCCAUCACCGUCACCGUCACCGUCACCGUCAUCAUCAGUUUCAUGGAUACCGAACUCAUUACCAAAACCUCCGGUUUGCUUCAGUCCACCGUUGAUAGGAAUGGUUGUGAUCAUCGCCACCGCCUUCUUCACAAUCACAUAUUCCCGCGCAAUUUCCCGCCGAUUCCUCCUCCUCCGGUGCCGUUACCGCCAGUGGCGACGGCGGCGACGCCUCCUUCGGUCAUACGUGCCGUCUUCUGUCGGAAACGGCGACAUCGAAUCUCCGUACUCCGGUGAAGAAUCGUAUGAUCCAGCUUAUGGUUACGGUUAUCAACAGUUCGCACAGUACGGUUUAGAUGAUGCAAUGAUUAAAACGAUUCCGCUUUCCGUUCACACUAGAAAAAGCAGUGUUCAUGAAUGUGCAGUUUGUUUACUGGAGUUUGAAGAUGACGAUUACGUUCGUACUUUACCGGUGUGUUUUCAUUCCUUUCAUGUCGAUUGUAUCGAUAUUUGGCUCAGAUGUCACGCUAACUGUCCGCUUUGUAGAUCUAGUGUUUUCCGGCCAGAAUCACCGUUCAUUUCGGUCAUGUCACCGAGAAUUCGCCCUAACUUUGAUGACGUCAUCAUUCAGAACGCAAUUCUAGAACCUUCUGCGGAACCGGAACCUGAAACAGAACAUUCACGCCAAAAUUACAAUAAUAAUACUGAUGAAAUUACACAGGAUGUAUCUCAAUCUCCGGCGAGAGAUCGAAAUCCGUUGGACGACAGUUUCAACCGGAGAAACUUCCUGCUCAAGCGAUCGUACUCGUUCGGAUUUGAGCGUAAUUUUGGUUCAUCGAGGCUCGUCAUGGAGACAGCGUCUCCAUGGAGAUACCGGCGAUCAGGAGGAAGCUUCUGGUGCAAGAAACCGUCGCCGUCGCCGUUCAGUUUAACAAAAACCAGAGUAUUCUCAUUCCGGCAGUCUCGCGGCAUGAAAUCACCGUUCUUCCGGCGGAGAAGCUGCAGCUUCCUUCCGUUAUCGGAGUCCUACGGCGGCGGUUGCGGAAGUAGUUCGUCUCGGCGGAGAAAGUCGUUUGCAAGCCCUAAUUUGAUUAGACAGGGAAUGAGGGUAAAUUCCGGUAUUGUUUCAUCAAGUCGGUUGAGGAGCGGUGAUCCAGAAGCGCUACUGUCACCAGAGAGAUAUGACAGACGGUGAGGAUGAGUGACACGUAGGAUAGGGGAGGACAGUAGGGACGGUGAAGAUUGAAUGAGUGUUAAUGAGGUAAUUAAGGCGCGCCAAUUGGGCUGAUGAAGCAGCGGACCAUUAAGAAGAUUUUAAAUGGUGUAGUGGGGGGGACUGGGUGAGCAUUUAUUAUCGCCAUCACAAAUUAAACCUUCUUGUCUAUUGACAUUAAAGAUCGCCAUAAUUCAUCUUUGUUUUCUGUAUAUUUUUUUUAUAAUUAGAAGAAAAAUUUGAGGUUA